CCCUCACACUUCAUCGCCGUGUCAAAAGCACCAGGUAGUGGUGGUCGUUCUACCAGUUACUACUUAUUACUGCUGCAGUAUGGAUCCAAAAGUUACCUUUUCUGAUGAUAUAGACCACUGUAUAAAUGAUUCAAGUGUUCGUUCUGUCCAUGUGUAUGACCAGCGUGUAGGUUAUGAGUAUGUUGAUGAAUCUACUCCACUCCUUUCAUCUGGUCGACAUGAGAGUUCUAGAAAAACCACAUUUUGGUUUUCCGUCUUCAACUUGAUGAACGCUAUUCUUGGCAGUGGUAUUCUUGGAUUAGCCUUUGCCAUGGCAACAUCAGGAAUUAUUUUAUUCAGUAUCUUGCUGGUUUUAGUGGCAUUUCUAGCAAACUACUCAAUCAAACUCCUCUUACGAAUGUGUCAAACAACUGGAGUAAAAUCAUACGAAGACAUUGGCUUACAUGCCAUUGGACCAGUAGGCAAGAUUCUUGCUGCAAGUGCAAUUAUGGCUCAAAAUAUUGGGUCAAUGUCAAGUUAUCUUUUUAUUGUAAAAGAUGAACUUCCAAGCAUUCUAAGUACAUUGAUAGGUGAUCAAGAUGCACAUUCUAGCAAUUGGUAUCUGAAUGGCAACUAUUUAUUACUGAUUGUGGCAUUGACCAUUAUUAUACCGUUGGCAUGCUUACCCAAGAUUGGUUUUCUUGGCUUCACCAGUGGAUUCUCCAUCCUGUUCAUGUUAUUCUUCACUGUUGUGGUUGUUGUCAAAAAGUUUAUGAUACCUUGUCCCACAGACUCAAAUGUAACAAUUUCAGAGGAGUUUAAGGUGCUUGCUAACUUCUCAACAGACCAGUGCAAAGCCAACUACUUUACAUUAUCACUUAAGACUGCCUAUGUGCUUCCAACGAUGGCAUUUUCUUUUGUCUGCCACACAGCAGUUCUUCCAAUUUACUGUGAACUUUCAAAGCCCACAUUAUCUCGCAUGCAGAAUGUUGCAACAACAUCUAUAGGCAUCAGUUUUGUGAUGUACAUUAUUUCUGCUCUGUUUGGCUAUUUAACUUUUUAUGGUAAUGUUGAAAGUAAUCUGUUAGAAAGCUACACAAACAGUGAUGACAAGCUGAUCCUGAUUGUAAGGUUUGCCGUUGUGUUGGCCAUUGUGCUCACUGUGCCUCUUGUCCAUUACCCUACACGGAAAGCUCUACUAAUGGUAGUGAAUAUGCUGUUUCCAGGGACAACAGGCUUCUCCUGGUUCAGGCAUUUGGCUGCAACUGGUGUUCUGAUGUCAAUUGGACUAUGUCUUGCCAUUUUUGUUCCCGAUCUUAAAGAGAUAUUUGGAUUUGUUGGUGCUAUAGCCUCCUCUAGUUUGGUUUUUACACUGCCAGCAUUUUUCUACCUCUACCUCGGUAAAGAACCUCGUCUAUCCAGGCAAAAGAUUCAGGCCUUGCUUCUAUUCAUCACCGGUAUAAUUCUAAUGUUGACAAGUCUUGGUGUGAUAAUUGAUGGUAUUCUGAAUGGCAAUUGAUAGUGCUUUGACAGUAGGGGAGGUGAUGUUCUCAAUAAAUUAUUUUACCAAGUUAGAAUCAGUAUGAUUGAUUAGUAGUAAGAUUUUAUAUAGUGCUUAAAUGACAUCAUUCCUUAUUGAAAUAAAGAGUUAAAUUAUAAAGUAUUAUAGGCCAGUGAAUUGUAGUAGUAAUAUUAAUGGAGUAGUUGUAGAGAAACAGUACAGUACUUUUGUAUUCAAUAGUUUUAUAUUUCAUCAUAUCAUAAACUAUUUUUGCACAAUGUUUCUAUUGUCCUUUUUCAUUAUGAAAAUAUACUAUAUUAUUCAAAUUUUAAUGACGUUUAAUGAAUUUUACUCAAUUUGAUUAUUUACUGGUACUUAUUUUGUAUAACUUGUUUUAAAUUAUGUAUUCUUAUAAUUGUUUAGUGAAAAUAAGGCAUGGUGUAUCACAUGCCUCAUUUCUUGUGUAUCUUAGUCUCUGUAUUCCAAUUAAGCAUGUGCAAUUUAGGAUUA